AUGGCGGUGCUCAUUUCCGUCAGCGCUGACCCAGAGCCCACCAAGGGUAAGGGAUUCAAGGGGGGCAGAAGGAGGUCCCACGUCUCCUUCGGCAGCCACGGUGGCGGUUUUGGCGGCGGCAUAAGUUUUAGAGGCGGCUUCCACGGUGGUCAUGGAGGUGGUUUUAGCAGGGGCUACGGCGGCGGUGGAUUCAGAGGCGGCUACGGCGGCGGCGGAUUCAGAGGCGGCUAUGGCGGCGGCGGAUUCAGAGGCGGCUACGGCGGCGGCGGAUUCAGACGCGCCUACAGCAGCGGUGGAUACAGAGGCGGCUAUGGCAGCGGCGGAUACAGAGGCGGCUAUGGCAGCGGUGGAUACAGAGGCGGCUAUGGCAGCGGUGGAUACAGAGGCAACUAUGGUGGCGGAGGAUUUAGAGGACACAGGGGCGGUUUCAGCAGUGGUUAUGGCCACGGUGGCGGCGUCAGUAUCGGUUUCGGUGGUGGAUAUGGAGGAGUGAGUGGUGGGCGUGGGUACGGGCGUGGCAGCGGUGGAUACGGGCGUGGCAGCUAUGGGUGA